GCGGGCGACGUGACGUCAUCGCAACCUUGCCGAGUGACGUCACGGCUCUGGUUGUUUAUCCAUUUCGUGUUCGUGAGCGUUCAAGAUCGGCCUCCCCAUAAGUCGGCUGAUUAAAAAAAUUGUUUGCGUCGAAUCAGCGCUAAAUCGUUCCGCUUUGUUGUUGUUUAUUUGUUUGUUGUUGUUUGUUUGUUUGUUUUCCGAUCGCCGAGUCGGGAGAUGGGCCGAAGCCGCAGCCGUUCGCCCUCGGCUAGGCGAGGAGGCUCUCGGGAGCCUCGUAAGAGGCAGGCUCGUGAGGCUCGCGAUCCCCGUGAGGCUCGCGAUCCUCGGGAGCCAGCCAAGAGGGAGCCAGCCAAGAGAGAGCGGAGGCGGUCGCCCUCACGCUCAUCGCGGUCGCCAUACCGGCGACGGUCGCGAUCUCCACGUCGUCCACGCUCCGUCUCCGUGUCUCCGACGCGUCACACCUCUGAGCCCAUUCUCUCAUCGCCCCCUCCCGUGUCCCAGCGCAAGGUCAAGCCCAAGGAGGUCGAGGUGGAGAGCGAUCAGACUCCGGACGAGAUGGAGAUGAUGGCUACCAUGGGAUUCAGCAACUUCGAGACAAGCAAGGGGAAGCACAUGGCCGGAGCCAGCAAUGCCCACGCAGUCAACAUCUCACUCAAGCGGAAAUACCGGCAAUACAUGAACCGUAAGGGAGGCUUCAACCGGCCCCUGGACUUCAUCGCCUGAGUUGAUCACAGAGAGAGGGGGAGAGAUACCACGCCAGGGAUCCACGAAUGUCGAGAAGCGACUUUGAGAAAGCAAUCCGAAGGGAGGGAGAGCACCAAACAUCAAGGGAUGGCCAAUCUCAAUGGUUAAAUACAGGACGUGGUUAAAUACAGGACGUGGUUACAUACAGAACGUGGUUAAAUACAGGACGCCGGUUGUUCAGCGUGGGCUAUGUAAAGUGGUUAUUUGUGUGACGGUGGUGGUGUGGGCGGUUCUGUUGUGUUGUUGUUAUUUUAUUAAAUAAAUAGAUGGCUCGGA